AUGUCAGUGGACAUUCAACUGUGCACCAGAGUCGUCUACCUAUCUGGAAUUCAGAUGCCCAUAUUUUUCCUUAGAGGACAGUACCGACUGUGGGAACGACCGCCUAAUACUAAAGUCCAGGGACAAUAGAGAGACGCUUUGUGGCACAGACUCACCUGAUGGCACCAUUACAAGCACCGGCUUCGCUCGUGUAACCUUCAGGACGAACAGCGCGAUCGAAAGCACGGGUUUCAGAUGUUUUGUUUGGUGCUUCAAUAAACCCACUACUACUACUACUACUACUACUACUACUACUACUACUCCCACUACUACUACUACGACUACAACUACUACUACACGCGAGACAUUCCAGAAACAUUGUUGCAAUUCCAGACCAAGCUAUAGCGAUGAAUUUGCGGUAAGAGCAUUCGACGUCAUCAUGUUGGUGGCUGCAGAAGUGGCCGCUGCAGCGGGUGCCUGUGUUGUUAUAUCCUAA